AUGCCUCUCUACAACGUCACGCUCAAGGAGAACGCCUCCCCCGAGGAGCUCACCAAGGCUAAGGACAAGGCUAAGUCUGAUGGUGGUGAGAUCAAGCAUGAGUUUACCCUCAUCAAAGGCUUCACGGUAGAGUUCCCAGAAGACAAGGUGGGCGUCCUCCAGACCAACGACCACAUCCACGUCGAGCAAGAUGGCGAGGUCAAGACCCAGUAA